AUGAAAACCACCUGGAAAGAUAUCGCUCCUGUGCCCACGAGCCAGGAGUUUUUGGAUAUCGUCCUCAGUCGUACACAGAGACAGCUACCCACCCAGAUUCGUGCUGGAUUUAAAAUCAGUCGUAUUCGAGGCUUUUAUACACGAAAAGUUAAAUAUACCCAGGAAACAUUCUGCGAAAAAUUCCAGGCGAUUCUCGAUGGAUUUCCCCGACUUCAGGAUAUUCAUCCUUUUCAUAAGGAUUUGAUGAACACUCUCUACGAUGCUGAUCAUUUCAGAAUUGCCCUUGGUCAGGUUUCCACCGCCAAACAUCUUAUUGAAACGGUAUCUCGCGAUUACGUCCGUCUUAUAAAAUAUGCCCAGUCUCUGUUCCAAUGCAAACAGCUUAAGCGCGCUGCCCUGGGACGUAUGGCCACGAUCUGCAGACGUCUUAAAGAUCCGCUCGUCUAUCUGGAGCAGGUCCGCCAGCAUUUGGGCCGUUUGCCGUCGAUUGAUCCCAAUACCCGUACACUCUUGAUUUGCGGGUACCCCAACGUCGGAAAGUCCAGUUUCCUGCGAAGCAUCACCCGUGCUGAUGUCGACGUUCAGCCCUAUGCUUUCACAACCAAGAGUUUGUUCGUCGGCCAUUUCGACUAUAAGUACCUGCGGUUCCAGGCCAUUGACACCCCGGGUAUCCUGGACCACCCGCUGGAAGAAAUGAACACGAUCGAAAUGCAAUCCAUUACUGCCAUUGCGCAUCUUCGGUCCGCGGUCAUGUACUUCAUGGAUCUCUCUGAACAGUGCGGUUACUCUGUGGGCGACCAGAUCAAGCUCUUUCACAGCAUCAAACCGCUUUUUGCCAACAAGAUUGUGUUCCUCGUGAUCAACAAGAUCGAUGUCAGACGUCCCGAGGAUUUGGAGCCUGAAUAUCAGCAGCAACUUGAUGCUAUCGUCAAGGCGGGUGACGUGGAAAUCCUGCAAGUGUCCUGCACAACCACCGAGGGAGUGACGACCGUGAAAAACACCGCCUGUGACAAGCUUCUCGCCGAGAGAGUUGCGCAAAAACUGAAGUCGGGCUCAAACAGCUCCGGAACGCCGGGUGGACGACUAGGUGAUGUUCUGGCCCGUAUCCACGUGGCCCAGCCUAUGGGUGGGGCCCAGCGCGAAACAUUUAUUCCAGAGGCAGUCCAGUCGCUCAAGAAGUAUGACAAGGACGAUCCCAACCGCAAGAAGCUGGAGAGGGACAUUGAGGAGGAGAAUGGCGGUGCUGGUGUCUAUAAUAUUGAUCUCAAGAAGAAUUACUUGCUGGAGAACGACGAGUGGAAACACGACAAGAUUCCUGAAGUGUGGAAUGGCAAGAACGUUUACGACUUUGUGGACCCCGAUAUCGAAGCCAAGCUGACUGCUUUGGAGGAAGAAGAGGAGAAGCUACAGGCCGAAGGAUUUUAUGAAUCCGAUGAUGAUGUGGAGGAUGCGGAGGAUGCGGAGCUGCGCAUGAAGGCCGAUCUGAUCCGCGAGAAACACGCCCUGAUGAAGAACGAGGCCAGGAUGCGUAAGUCCCUCAAGAACCGUGCGGUUAUUCCCCGUACCGCCAAGGCCAAGAAGCUGUCACAGAUGGAGUCGGCGCUGGAGGAGGCCGGCUACGAUGUCGAUGCCGCCACCUCACGUGCUCGCUCCCAGAGCCGGGGCCGCCUGGCUACCCGUAGCGUGGUGGAUACGGGCGAUGCAAUGGACAUCGACAUGUCGGAUCCCCGCCAGGCCAUCGCCAAGGCCAAAGGCCGUGCUCGCAGCCAACCGGCGACGAACCGUCUGCAAGAUGGUGUCACGGAUGAGACGGCACGUAGCAAGGCCGAGCGUAUGGCCAAGCUGGGUCAGAAGAAGAUGAACCGGAUGGCGAGACAGGGAGAGGCCGAUCGACACACGACUGCAUCGCUCCCCAAGCAUUUGUUCACUGGCAAACGAUCCAUUGGCAAGACCCAGCGUCGGUAA